ACAUAACAUUUUUUUAUUUGUAUUAAGAUGAAUGACAAGUAAAUUGAUCAUUACAAGGUUCUAUGGUGUUAUAAGUUUAUCGAUACAGCGUAUAAUAUAUGUUUAAAAAUAAUUAAUAUAAUUAUUGAUUGUCAUGAGAUAAAUUAUCAAAAUUAUGGCUGAUGAACGAAAUUUUCGUUCUUCUUAUUAUGAAAAAGUAGGUUUUCGUAGUGUUGAAGAAAAAAAAUCAUUAGAAAUUUUAUUAAAGGAACAGCCAUUUGAUAAAGCAAAAUUAAAACAAUUUUGUCUUCGAUUCACUGUACCUGCAAUCUAUAGGAAUUUUCUAUGGAAAAUAUUGUUAGAUGUUACACCAAUUUAUACAGGAAGUAAUGAUUUUGUAGCAUCACAAAGGAGAGAUGAAUUUCAUGACUUGAGAAAGGCAUUGAGAGUUACUAAAAUAGUUGAUGAAAAUUCUAAACCUCAUCAAACAUUACUCAUCAUGUGGUUAUUGAGAACAAGACGGGCUAAAUUAGAUAUAAACGCUCAAUUAGAGUCUUCAUUGUUUAGAGCAAUGAGCAGAAUAGCUGAAAGUCUCUGGCAUAUCAUGGAAGGUGAUCACGAGUAUGAAAAAAUAAUAGAUAUUUAUUGGCUACUGUGUGGAUUUUUAGAUCAUGUUGAUAAAUUUUAUAAUGAUGUUGGAAGAUUAAUAGAUUGUACUUCGGCGCUUCUUGAAAAAGAAGACUUGUCUCUUUAUAAACAUUUAUUAAAAUGUGAAGUUUUGAAUAGUAUUCCUUUUGACCAGUGGUUCUGUUCUUGUUUUGCUGAAACUAUUUGUGAUGGAUCUCUUCCAAAAAUUUGGGAUAAAAUCGCCGUUGGAGCUUAUAAAAUUCUUGCUUUUGUUGCGGCUGUUAUUUUUAUAACUCUCAGAAGAUUUCUAUUAAAUUGUGAUAGUACAGAUUGUGUAUUAGAUACUAUUUCACAUAUAAAUGAAGAAACAUCUGAAAUGAUAGUCAACAAAGCAAUAGAGCUAUGGCAACAAAGUGGUUCUGCUCUUGUAACAAUGUCUCCAAACACGAAUAUUAUAAAUUCAACAUCAAACGCAUGACGUAUCAAUUAUAAAGUUUAUCCGACCAAAUGUUUUUUUCUACUGAUAUUUUGUAAAUAAUAAAUAUUGCCUGCAUAAAAAUUA